AUGAAGGGCCCCAUGUCGCCGCUCUCGUUGCGCGCGACGGAGUUGGAGGACCGGCCGCCGGAGUGGAUGGCGCUCAUCGCGCCGUCAUCCUCGGCGGGCCCUGCGCCGCCUCUCCCGUCGGCGUCCAGCAGCAAUGGCGGAGCAGGGGGAGGCUUAAAGCCCCGCCGCGUGCGAGUGCUGCCAGUGUCGCACCCCUCGCACGCUGACAUAUACGACACCGGUUCCCCUGGCGGGACCGGGGGGUUUAUUGGUUCCAACUGCUGGGCGGCGUUUUGGCGCGUAGUGCACUACCUCUUCCCGUGUACCAAGUGGAUGGCGGCUUAUAGCCUGCGAGAAGACCUCGUGGCGGACCUUAUUGCGGGGAUAAGCGUGGGCGUGAUGCUUGUGCCACAGUCAAUGUCAUAUGCUAAGCUUGCGGGCCUGCCUCCGAUAUACGGCCUAUACUCGGCGUUCGUGCCCAUUCUGAGCUACGUGGUGUUCGGUUCAUCCCGCCAGCUGGCAGUGGGCCCCGUGGCAAUCGUAUCCAUCCUCACAUUCGACGGGCUCAGGAAGGUUGUAGCGGAGAAGCUCCGCGACUCGGCUGUAGCAGCAGGCCUGGCUGUAACAGCAGGCGGGUUGCCCCCCACGGGAGGGAUAGAGCUCCCUGGUGGGACAGGAUUGGGUGGGUUUCAGCCCGCUAGGUCUCUGCUGGGUUUUCAAACAUCUGUUGGCAGCAGUAGUAGCGGCACUGGUGGUGGUAGCAGUAUCAGCAGCAGCAGUGCUCUGUUUCCGUUCCCUGUGAGCACGGCUGCAAGGCAGCUGAGUAGCAUGGGGUGGGGGAUCACCGCAGCAGAAUUGACAGGUGGAGGAGGAGCAGGAGGAGGACUGGGGAUGGGAGGAGGAGGAAAUCUAGGAGGAGGGGCAGUAGGGGCGGGGGAUGUGAGCAUGGAGGAGCUGGCAGUGCUGCUGGCGCUGAUGGUGGGACUAUUGGAAGUGCUCAUGGGCCUGCUCAGAAUGGGGUGGCUCGUGCGUUUCCUCUCGCACAGCGUUGUCUCUGGUUUCACCUCGGGCGCGGCUCUCCUGGUGUGCGUGUCAGUGGCAAAGGACAUUCUCGGGUUCUCCAUGCCGGGCCAGACCACGUUUGUGGCAGCACUGUCGCACAUAAUCAAGCAGAUAAUGGCGGGGAGGGCGCACUGGGAGCCCAUGGCGCUGGGAGGGGGCGCGCUGCUUCUCCUCCUCCUCAUGAAGGAGGCGGGCAAGAGCUGGAAGUCGCUGCAGGCGCUGCGAUGCGCAGGGCCCUUCACCAGCAUUGUGCUUGGAGCCAUGGUCGUCAAGUUCUGGCGGCCCCCCCAUGUGCCUGUGGUGGGCGAAAUCCCCCAGGGUCUCCCAUCCCUCUCCACGGCCUUCCCCUGGGAGUAUUUCCCCAAGCUGCUGCCAACAGCACUCGUGAUAACAGGCGUCGCCAUCCUGGAGUCGUGUGGAAUAGCCAAGGCGCUCGCAGCACGCAACGGCUACGCCAUCGAUGCCAACCAGGAGCUCUUUGGGCUCGGCAUGGCCAACGUGCUCGGGUCAUUCUUCUCCUCCUUCCCCACCACCGCCCUUCCCCGUGACUCCCCUCAAAGGUCGUUUUGGCCCGGCAUGGCCAACGUGCUCGGGUCAUUCUUCUCCUCCUUCCCCACCACCGGCUCCUUCUCUCGAUCAGCGGUGAACAAUGAAGUCGGCGCGCGCACAGCUCUCAGUGGGCUCAUCAUGGCGCUCAUGGUCGUGGCCACGCUGCUCUUCCUCACGCCGGCCUUCAGAGACGUGCCACAGUGUGUGCUGGCAGCGGUGGUGGUGAACGCGGUGCACGGCCUGGUGGACCUUCAAGAGCCGCUGUUCCUGUGGCGGGUGGAGAAGAAGGACCUCGUCUUGUGGCUCUGUGCCUUCCUGGGCACGCUGCUGCUGGGGCUUGAAACUGGCGUGCUCAUCUCGGUGGCUCUCUCCCUCGUCUUUGUCAUCCACGAGUCGGCCAAUCCGCACAUGGCUGUCCUGGGUCGCCUCCCAGGCACCACGGUCUAUCGCAACGUGAAGCAAUAUCGCGACGCAUACACGUACAGAGGCGUGGUGAUUCUGCGCAUCGACUCGCCCAUCUACUUCGCCAAUGUGGACUACAUCAAAGAGAGGCUACGCAAGUACGAGCUGCAGAGGGUGGCGUGGUGGAAGGAUGGCAGCAGCGGCAGCAGCGGGGGCAGGCUGGCUGGCACCAACGGGGGGGCCAACGGAAUGGCGGUCAUGGACCUGCGCUUUCUCAUACUCGAGAUGUCCCCUGUUACUUAUAUCGACUCCACGGCCGUGCACGCUCUGAAGGAGCUCUAUAACGAGUACAAGGCACGGGACAUCCAGCUGUGCUUCUCCAACCCCUCGCCCAAAGUCAUGCUCACCAUGGCCCGAGCCGGCUUCCCUGAUUUGAUCGGCCGCCAGUGGUACUUCGUUCGGAUCCACGAUGCAGUUCAGGUGUGCCUCGCGUUACUAGAGGACACAGAAAUCACCAUCGAAACGCCUUCACGAUACCAGCGAGCCGACUCCACUGCAGUAUCCCAGCAGGUGUCUCCCACACCAGGCCUCACCCUCUCCCCGCACCUGUCCGCCAGCUUCGUGAAUCUCGCCCAGGCAGCCCAACGAGCCAGUAGCUCAAACUCGGAAGGCGGCUUGAGUACGGUCGGGGAGGAUAUCCAGUCUAUGUCGGGAGAAUCGGAGGAGAGUAUGGGUGCGAGACGUAGGAAGAAGCAGAGUGUGGCGACGGCUGCUGCAGAUGCAGCAGAUGCGGAAGACGAUGCUGCGUUCUUUGAAGGGAGGAUGAGCAGCGGGACAACUGUGGGGGACCUUGCAAGUAGUUUGUCUCCCUUCUUGGAGACUGAAGGGACGUUCCAAGGGCUUGAUUGA